AUGGCCGACAUGGAGACUUACGAUGGUGCGAUCGGUAUCGAUCUCGGAACCACCUACUCUUGCGUCGCCAACUAUGAGGGUGCCGGCGUUGAGAUCAUCGCCAACGAGCAGGGAAGCUUCACCACCCCAUCUUUCGUCUCCUUCACUGCUGAGGAGCGUCUGAUUGGUGAGGCCGCGAAGAACCAGGCCGCCAUGAACCCCGUCAACACCGUUUUCGAUGUCAAGCGUCUGAUCGGUCGACGAUUCGACGACCCAACUGUCAAGAAGGAUAUCGAGUCAUGGCCAUUCAAGGUCAUUGAGGAUGGCGAGAACAGCCCCAAGGUCCAGGUCGAGUACCUCGGUGAGACCAAGACCUUCUCUCCCCAGGAAAUCUCCGCCAUGGUGCUCGGAAAGAUGAAGGAAGUUGCUGAGACCAAGCUCGGCAAGAAGGUCACCAAGGCCGUCAUCACCGUCCCCGCAUACUUCAACGACAACCAGCGACAAGCCACCAAGGACGCCGGUGCCAUUUCUGGCCUCAACGUCCUCCGUAUCAUCAACGAGCCUACCGCUGCCGCCAUCGCUUACGGUCUCGGUGCCGGCAAGUCUGACAAGGAACGCAACGUUCUCAUCUACGAUCUUGGUGGUGGUACUUUCGAUGUCUCCCUUCUCCACAUCCAGGGUGGUGUCUUCACCGUCAAGGCUACCGCCGGUGACACCCACUUGGGUGGUCAGGAUUUCGACACCAACCUCCUCGAGCACUUCAAGAAGGAAUUCAAGAAGAAGACUGGCAAGGACAUUUCUGGCGACCCACGUGCCCUCCGUCGUCUGCGUACCGCCUGWGAGCGUGCGAAGCGUACCCUCUCCAACGGUACCCAGACCACCGUCGAGAUCGACUCUCUCUUCGAUGGCGAGGACUUCAACGCCAACAUCACCCGUGCUCGUUUCGAGGACAUCAACGGCAAGGCUUUCAACGGCACCAUCCAGCCAGUUGAGCAGGUCCUGAAGGACUCUGGUCUUGAGAAGAGCAAGGUUGACGAGAUUGUGCUUGUCGGUGGUUCUACUCGUAUUCCCCGGAUACAGAAGCUCCUCAGCGACUUCUUCAACGGCAAGAAGCUUGAGAAGAGCAUCAACCCUGACGAGGCUGUCGCCUACGGUGCUGCCGUUCAGGCUGGUAUCCUCUCCGGCAAGGCCACCUCGGCCGACACCGCUGACCUCCUUCUGCUCGACGUCGUCCCUCUUUCCCUCGGUGUUGCCAUGGAGGGCAACAUCUUUGCUCCUGUCGUUCCUCGUGGACAGACUGUCCCCACCAUCAAGAAGUAUGUACAAAGUGAUACCCCUCCCCUACUAACAAUCCCCCCUCCCCUUCACAUCACUCUUUCCUCGCUCGUACCUUUCUGGAUUGGAUUGCUCGAUAUCUUGGAUACUGGAUAA